AUGUUUAGGAAUAAAAAGAAGCCUCAAGAGAAACAAAGAGGUGGCCCGAGUAAAUCUAGGAAGAAAUCCAAAUCUGUGAGAUGCCAUAAUUGUCGUGAUUUCAGUCAUGUGAGGAAUGAGUGCCUUAGUGCUAAGAGAUUUGAAGAGAAGGCUAUGAAUACUACUCUCACUGAUGACGAGUCUAGCUCGGACAAUCAGAGUGAGAAAUCUACCCGUGGGAAGAGUGAAAAAUAUGUGGCAUUCGUUGCAAGGGGUAAAAGUGGAUCCGAACAGGGGAGUGAUAGGGAAGAGGACCUAGAUAGUAGUAAAGAAUCUGGCGAUGAAAGUGGAAGUGAGCAAGAUCUAGAAAUAGCCUAUGAUAGGAUGUAUGAAAAAAGCCUCAAGAUCUUAGCUACUAACCAGGCAAUGAACAAGAAAGUGAAGGAGCUUAGACUAGAGAAGGAACAGUUAGAGGCUCGGGUUAGUGAUCUCACCAGUAAGAAUGAGAUGUCCUCUAGGAGAGUAAGUGAGCUGACUAUUGUGAAUGAGACCUUAGCUAUUCAGGUUAAACACCUUGAGAGUAAGCUAGAGUUGUCUAGAUCUCAGUUACUUGCAUUUUCUAGCAGUUCUGAAAAGCUAGAUAAUAUUCUAGGUAUAGGCAAGCCGACUGGUGAUAGGGGAGGUCUAGGUUUUGAUCUGAAUGUUGCUAAUACAUCACAGACCACCUUUGUUCAUGCUAUUGACCAGCCAAACAUUGUGACUAACCCUAUACUAAAUGUAGUGGGAACUCCAGGAUCUAAGUCUACCAGACGUCGUAGGACCCGUCAGUCUAGGAAUAGAAAUCAGCGUAAGCAUAUCAUAGGUCCUAGGUUUGCCCCUACAUGUUUUCACUGUAGGGAGUUAGGUCACAUCUGCCCUAGAUGUCAUCAGUACCUGAACAAUAGAAAAGACUUGAGCCUGAAAAGGAACAAAUAUCAGGUGUCUGUUGGUCAAAUUGGAUUCCUUACUAAUCAAGUAAAUCGUUUGACUCAAUUGGUGACACAGCUGUCUGGAAACAAUCACCAUUCUGGACAGGUUUGGGUGAAGAAAAGCAAUCUCCCAAAUUUGGUUAGAGAUUGUGUUGUUCUUAAAGGAAAGAGGUCUAUUAGACCUGAGCAAUUAAGCCUACGGGGUCUCUUAAAACCUGGUGCCUAUGGUCAACUGACAUGGGUUAACUGGCCGAAAGCUCGCUAUAGGGGUCAUCUUAGUCGCCUAAUGGAGAAGAACCUGCACUUAAGACGAAAAAUUAAUGAGCUCGAGAAAUGA